AGCGCGCCCUGCGCUAGCGUCUGGAGGAACAUGGAAGCUGGGGCUGCGUCUGGACUGUGAGGGAACUCUUCUUCUGCUUCUUGUUUUCAGUGAGAAACCCGGGAAACCCGAGCUUAACCCCGCGGUCCCGCCGCUCCCCGCACACACUCGCCCGUGAGCCAUGACCAUGCUGGGCAUGUACGUGCCCGACAGGUUCGCCCUGAAGUCCUCGCGGGUCCAGGACGGGGUCGGGCUGUACACCGCGCGGCGCGUGAAAAAGGGAGAAAAGUUUGGACCGUUUGCAGGAGAGAAGAAAAUGCCCAGUGAUCUGGAUGAGAGCAUGGACCCGAGGCUGAUGUGGGAGGUCCGGGGAAACAGAGGUGACGUGCUGUACAUACUGGACGCCAGCAACCCUCGGCACGCGAACUGGCUCCGCUUCGUGCACCAGGCCCCAUCUCAGGAGCAGAAGAACCUGGCUGCUAUUCAGGAUGGUGAGAACAUCUUUUAUCUGGCUGUGGAUGACAUUGAGACCGACACAGAGCUCCUGAUUGGCUAUCUGGAUAGCGACAUGGAGGAGGAAGAGGAGGACGAGGAAGAAGAUGAGAUCAUCAAGGAUGAGGACGAGAACAGCAAAGAGGCCAAGAUAAUUAGUGUAGAGCCAGAGGCUGUAAUAAAGAAGGAGGACCACCCGUGUCUGCUGUGUGAGAGCAGUUUUCCCAGUGAGGAGGUUCUGGCCGAGCACCUGCAGAGUCUGCACCAGAGAGGCAGCGCAGAGGACAAGGAGUUCAAGUGCCGCAACUGUGGCAAAGAGUUCCCCAUCAAACAAGCACUCCAGCGGCAUGUUCUCCACUGUACUGAGAGUCAAAGUUCAACAGGAGAUGCUUCUAAAGCACAUCAGUGUUCUAUCUGUCACAGCUCCUUCUCCUCAGAGUCCAGCUUCGAGCAGCACAAGGAGGCUUGCAAAGGAGACGCCCGGUUUAUUUGUAAGGCUGAAAGCUGUGGGAAGAGAUUCAAGAGCAAAGAUGCCCUGAAAAAGCAUAAAGGAAAUGUUCAUACAGGUAGCUCUCGCAGGAAGCUCAUAUGCACCAUCUGCAAUAAGAAAUGUUCAUCCUCAGUCAACCUGCAGGAGCAUCGCAAGGUCCAUGAGAUAUUUGACUGUCCAGACUGUGAUAAGAAAUUCAUCUCAACCAAUCAGCUUAAGCGACACAUGAUCACGCAUUCAGAGAAGCGCCCCUACACCUGUGAGAUCUGCAAUCGCAGUUUCAAGCGCUUGGACCAGGUUACAGCCCAUAAGAUCAUUCACAGCGAGGACAAACCGUACAAGUGCAAGCUGUGCUGGAAAGCCUUCGCCCACCGCAACGUCUACAAGAACCACAAAAAGGUACCUGUGUGUACUCACUCAGAGGAGAGGCCAUUUCAGUGUGAGGAGUGUAAGGCUCUGUUUCGAACUCCGUUCUCCCUACAGCGCCAUCUUCUCAUCCACAACAGUGAGAGGACCUUCAAGUGCGACCAGUGUGACGCCACCUUUAAGCGCAAGGACACGCUGAACGUGCACAUUCAGGUGGUUCACGACGGACACAAGAAGUACAAGUGUGACCUGUGUGAGAAAGCCUUCGUCACACCGUCUGUGCUCAAGAGUCACAAGAAGACCCACACAGGAGAGAAGGAGAAAAUAUGCCCAUACUGUGGUCAGAAAUUUGCAAGCAAUGGAACUCUGAGAGUGCACAUCCGCAGCCACACAGGUGAACGUCCUUAUCAGUGCCCUUACUGUGACAAGGCCUUCAGCAAGAACGAUGGCUUGAAGAUGCACAUUCGUACACACACUCGGGAGAAGCCGUAUAAAUGCAGCGAGUGUAACAAGGCCUUCAGUCAGAAGCGAGGUUUGGAUGAGCACAUGAGGACACACACCGGAGAAAAGCCAUUCCAGUGUGACGUUUGCGACCUGUCCUUCAGUCUGAAGAAGAUGCUGAUCAGGCACAAGCUCACCCACAAUCCCAACCGGCCAAUGGCGGAGUGCUCCCUCUGCCACAAGAAGUUCACCCGCAACGACUACCUCAAAGUGCAUAUGGAAAACGUCCACGGAGAGAUUGAGGCCUAGAGACUGAACUACAGAUGUAUUCGUGUAGUCUGAGGUGUCCAUGUGCCUGCACUGAUUGGCCAUUUUACCGUGAACAUGGUAAAUUGUGUGCAAAAGUUUGUGAACCCAUGUGAUGUAGGAAAAUAUGCCCACACCAUUUCUGUUUAUUUAUUACAUUGGGAAUCCUAAAAUAUAACACUUUAAAUGUGCCAUAUCUUUUGUCAGAUUUGUAUCCGCAACAGUAAUUGCACAUUAAAUGUGCAGAAUUAUCUUCUCAUUCUCUUAGAAACAACAACAUCAUGGAAUAAAACUGACCGGAUGUGCCCAAAGUUUUGUAUACACAUAGUUUCUCUUUUGUAAGUUUACCUGUAAACCUUGUAAGGCAAUACUUACUUACACUAAUUGCACAUUUCACUGUACACAUGGUAGGCUGUAUACAAAAAUGUGCAAACCCCUGUGAAGUCAGUAGCUUGUCUGUGUGAAAUACACCCCCCACACUAUUUCUGUUUAUUGCUGCAUUUAUUAGAAUGGAAAUCCUGAUUUAUGUCACUUUAAAUGUGCCAUAUUUUUUGUGCAAACCAUAUUCUAUGGUAGAUUUGUUUCCCCAAUUCAGAAAUUAAAUUGUAAUUGUGCAUUAAUUAAAAUGUGCAGAAUUAAUAUCUUCUCAUUCUCUUAGGAAAUCAACAAAUCAUGGAAUAAAAUUGACCAGGAGUGCCAAAACUUUUGCAUACACUUGUCUGCUCUGCUGUUGGCUUACCUGUACACAUGCAAGGCGUUUAAUUGUAUUAUUGCAUACGAUAUGAUAUGGCACACCCCUAACUGAGACAUUUAAAAAAUACAAUAAUUUUAUCAGAUCUGUAACAGAAGUAAAUUAAUAGUAUGAUAGUAGUCAUGAUAGUAAUAAUACACUUCAAAUAUCUCCAUAUAUCCAGGAUUAUAGUAAAAUAAAUGAUACUAGACAGAUAUAGUAUGUCUUCUUACGGGAAAUGAGAACAGUGGGAUUUUUCUUUUGCUAAAAACAGCAAAAAAAGUCGUACCCUGAUGAGAUAAUUAUGGGUGAGUGAUAUGGCACGAUAAUUCUGGGUGUAAUAUUGUUACAAUAUGGCACACCCCUAGUGGCUAGUUAUGAUAUACAGGAAUUAAAAGCCCCAGAAGCAGGUUCUGUAUUGAGAAAGUUGCCUCUCUCUUUUUCUCUGAUGUUUGGGGCUAAAAUAUGAAUAAGCAUAUGAUCUUAAAGAAACAACUACAGUGUUUCUGAUAAAAUGGCCAGUGAGUGCAGGUCCAAAGUCUAUAUACAUUCCAUGUCCCGUGUAGAACCAAAGACAUAAGGAUUCCCCCAAAGUCACUGACUCUCUCGCUCUGUCUGAUAUUACUGUAUGCAGCAAUACUGCAGUAACUCAAUACUGCACGGUGCUUAUUUUCAGUGCAAUCCUACCCCGAUUAUCUAUCUAGCUCAGCUAUGCAUGACUCUGCUGAAGAGCCAGUACAUAAAGAAAGCCGUCUUACUGUGAAUUUAAAGCUCAAAGACAUUCAGUUUAAAUCCAUGUUAUUAUACUGCAUUGUUUAACACAGUGCUUUUUCUGUUAAAAGAAUAGUUCAUAAAACAUCCAUCAAUGAAUGUGAUUAAUCACUGACUCCAUAUGCAGGUAAUCAAUCAAAAUAUGUAACAAAAACCUAAGAUGCUAGGCUAACAUUGCUAAAAAGCACUGGACUAAGACUAUCAUCAUCAACUUUAACUCGUCUCUGUAAACACAUAAAAACUGUGAACUUUAUGAACACAGAAAUAUAUAAACAUGAAUUUAAAAACACAUUCAUAAUUUUAGUCCGUAAAUACAAAAAUAAAAUUCUUUAUAUUUGAGUAUUUUUGUGUGGAUAAAAGAGUGAAACAUAAAACUGUAAAAUCAUAAAAGACUGCUAUUAUUCUAAAUUGUUUUAGCAAAUAAAUUUAUAAAAAAAACACUAAGCUAAAAACACUGGACAGUGUUAAUACAUGGUCAAAAAUCUCUAUUAGCCCAACCCUCAAAGUGUACUAAGAUUUUCAUUUUUUUUUUAUUGCAGAGACAAAUCAAUGUGAUUUUAGAUUUUAGCUUGAAUGUUUAAAUAAAGUCUAUUAAUAAACUCUUAAAUUCCUAUUUAAAAAGCUUUUUUUAAUUUAUAAAAAAACAAACAUAUGCCAUAUAUUUACAAAGAGGAGAAUCCAGUGUUUAUUAGGAACAUUAGCCUAGCAUAUCCCAUUCUAAACUAUAGAAGCACACGUCAGCUAUUACAUAUAUAACAUAUAUUAACUGAUCAACUGCUCACUGUUCAUUAUUUUUUUUUGCUGAACUAUUUAACCUUUAAAGGUUGAACUGCAUAUUGAUUGGUGCAGGUGGGAGUGAUGCAAUAUUACAGAUAAUGGUGUCAUAAAAAAAGUUCAAAAAAAGAUUUUUAUCUUUUAUAUAUUAUGCUUAUUUGCCUAUUGCAAUUAAGAGAAGUUACAUUUGUUAUUAGUUACUUUUGGGGACCAAGGAAGGAGCUGAAUGCUGAUUGGCUCCCGGUUGUACAUUAUUUUCUGCAGUAUUGAAGUUAAAUUGGAUGUUUGGUGCUCUGUUGACUUUUGCACACAUCUAUUUCUGUUAUUAUACUUUGUAAGUUCAUUCCUUCAAAUCAUUCCAUCUGUAAUAUAACUCCUUAAUUGUUAUAAUUAUUAAUAUAAUAAAUGUUACUGUUUUGGUUUGAUGUUUUGCAAGUGUAUUAAAGUGGAAUUCAAUUGAUUUUUCAAAUUAAUUCUACAGAAAUUCAGAGUGGGAUUGGUGUGACAAAAUGUGACAUGUCAAGUGGCCAAAUGUUAUAGGAUAGCUACUAGUAUUGUCUCAUCCAGUGUGUACAGUGUUCAACCUCACUUAUAAGAUAACACCUUACAACUUACAACACAGGUGUGGCUGUUCCCAAGUAUUCCACUGAGGUAACACUUUAUGAUCAAAUCCAUUCUGAAUCUCUGGGAAAUUAAUGAAAUUUCUCUUUCAAGUGUUUUGUUCGUCUGGAAUGGGAGGGAUUGUUGGAUGAAAGAUACAGAGAGAGAGUGAAUGCAUGUUGUUGUUGAAAAGUCUUAAUUAUAAUGUAAAGCUAUUUAUCAGGUUAUAAGCAUUUAUUUGUUCAAAAAACAUCUCAUAAUAAAUACAAAUG